UUUCUGACCAAUGACUCAGUCGGUAUCCAAGAAGUCUAAUCUACAAGGAUCAUGGCAUCUCUAGUUAAAAUAAAAAGCUUAAUUGCUCCAUUAACAACAAAACACAACCGAGUAAUUUAUAAUGUCAUCAGAACCAAGGUGAUGACAAAUUACGACUAUAUGCCUGGCCCACGACCAACCAAUGAGGAAGAGCACAAAAAAGCUGCUGAAAAAUAUGGUUUGCACCCAGCAGAAUAUAAAUUAUACCCAGAUGAUGGUAUGCAUCCAGUAGGUGAUUAUCCACAAUUACCUUAUCAACCAGUCAGUGCUCGUGACCCCUACUAUCCUUGGGAUCAACCUGAUGAGAAAAGAAAUUACAAUGAAACGAUCCAUGCUGAAAUAAAUUUAUUAAAUGAAGACAGAACAGAUUACGGUGAGAAACCAUACAUCGGAUAUUGGACCGCACCAUUGGUAUUUUGGGGAGUUUUUGCAGCUUACUGUCUUUUAAAUUACAUUGCUGAUAUGUACCCUUUAUUCAGACCAGUUUUGGAAAAACAAAUGCCUCAGCCAGGGGUUGUUCAUUACACAUUCGAACCAGCAAAACAUAAAUAAUUUAUAUAAAUAAUAAUUUGUAGAGAAAAAUAAACAUAAAUUCAUUUAAAAAAAUAAUUAAAAAAUUCAGUCAGUAAUAAUUUUUAUUGAUCAAUUAUUUUAUGUAAUAAUAUAUAGUAUAAAAAAUAAUAAAAAGGAAAUAAAUCCAUUUUUUUAUUACUUGUAA